AUGGUCAAGUCGUGCGUCAAGGUCGUGCUCCGGACGCGGCCGACGCGAAACUUUGCACAUGACAGCCUCAAGAUCGUGGAUGGGCAGGACACCCUGCAAGUGAACGUGCCGCGCGGGCACGCCGCCCCGAAGCAGUUCCAGCCAGAGCAGUACACGUUCCGGUUCGACAACAUCCUGCACGAAGCGUCCCAGGAAGAGGUGUUCGACGUGUGCGCGCGCGACGUGAUCGACUCGUUCCUGGACGGGUACAACGGCACCAUCCUGUGCUACGGGCAGACGGGGGCGGGGAAGACCUACACCAUGACGGGCGCGAAGGACUCGUUCAAGUCCCGCGGCAUCAUCCCGCGCACCAUCUCGGAGGUGUUCAACGCCGCCCGCGAGCGCACCAGCUCGGUGUACACGGUGCGCAUCUCCUACGCCGAGAUCUACAACGAGGCCUUCUUCGACCUCCUCGAACCCGCCACGCCCUCCAGCUCCAUCAGCGUCUCCGACGGCGUCCGCGGCGCCGUCCACAUGAAGGGCCUCUCCGCGCUCCUCGCCCCCACCGAGGGCGACGCCUUCCAGCUGCUGUUCGAGGGCGAGACUGCGCGCGCGAUCGGCGAGCACCAGCUGAACAAGUCGUCGUCGCGGUCGCACACGGUGUUCACCCUGUACCUGGAGCGCAAGGGGUCCCCGGACGACCCGAGCAGCACCACGAGCAAGCUGCACCUGGUGGACCUGGCCGGGAGCGAGCGGCUGAGCAAGACGCGGAGCGAGGGGCAGGUGGCGAAGGAGGCGACGUACAUCAACAAGAGCCUGUCGUUCCUGGAGCAGGUGGUGGUGGCGCUGAGCUCGACGCACCGCGACCACGUCCCGUACCGGUCGUCGAAGCUCACGCACAUGCUCAAGGACAGCAUCGGCGGGAACUCCAAGACGCUGAUGGUGGCCAACGUGUGGGGCGAGGCGCAGCACCUGGAGGAGACCAUGUCGACGUGCCGGUUCGCGCAGCGCAUGAUGCGCAUCCAGAACGAGUUCGUCGUCAACGUGGCCACCGACAGCAGCGCGGCAGCCCGCCGCCUCGAGCGCGAGGUCGCCGAGCUCAAGGAGGAGCUGGCCAUGCACGACCAGAUGGCCAACCGCAGCGGGGUCUCCUACGAGCCCUACACCGACCAGCAGCGCCGGCACCUCGAGGCGCAGGUGCGCGAGUUCCUCGAGGCCGACGCCGACGACGCCUCCAUCGGGCCCAUCGAGAUCAUCUCGCUGCGCCACGUCCGCGAGGCGCUCCUCGCCUGCCGACGCCUGUACAAGACCGCGGCCGCGGCGGCGGCGGUGGCGCCGCAGCGGACAGGGUCGCCGCCGUCGCCGCCGUCGCCGCGCACGCCGGUCGCUGCGCCCGGAAGCCGCGCGCGCAUACAGGACGGCGCGUCGGACGACGAGGGCGCUCAGGUGGCGGGGAGGGGGCGCGGCGGGGCGGGCGGCGACGAGGAGGACGACGACGACGACGACGGGAUGGCCGCGCCGGACGACGCGCGGCCAGAGUCAGGGGGCGAGUACGGCAGGGGCGUGCGCAUCAUCGGUCCUGCCGGGGAGCAGCACGCGCGGGCGCGCCCCCCCGACAAGAAGGCGGCGUUCGAGACGUUUCAGAAGGGCCCCGGGGCGGAGAAGACCAUCGCGCUGCAGGACAACAAGGUGGCCCUGAAGGAGUCCAAGGACAAGCAGAAGGCCGUCGCGACGGACAUCAACGGCAUCAAGCGGCAGAUCGACGAGGCCAAGGCCAAGGCGGACGCCCUGAAGGAGCAGCGGGAGGCGGCGGGGGGGCAGGAGCUGGGCGAGGGCGAGGAGUACAGUGCGCUGUUGUUGGUCAAGGAGCUCAAGGGCAAGUACAAGGGGCGGUACCAGGAGCUGCAGGCGCUCAAGUCGGAGGCCGAGUACAUCCAGCAGCUCGCCGCGCAGUGCAAGAACGAGCUGCUCGCGGACUUCGAGGCGUGGUGGGAGGAGCAGUACGGCGCGGGGAACCCGGACAACUCGUUCGACGACAUCCCGGACGUGGUCGGCGCCGCGACGCCGCCGCCGCAGCGGGCGCAGCGACAGGCUGCGGCGGUGCAGGACUCCCCGAAGAAGUCCCCCGGGGCGAGCCCCAGCAAGGGCGCUGCGGCGGCGCGGGCGCGCCUGCGGGCCACGCAGCCGGCCCCGCCCGUCAUACCUCAGGAGGAGCUGGACGACCCGGAGGCGGCGGCGUACUGGAGGGCACGCAGCGCCAUGGAGAGGAAGCUGCACGACGCGCACAUGACGCAGGGGCCGCGGAGCCAGGCGCACAACCGCGGCAAGAAGCAGACGGGGUUCAGCACGGUGGACAGGGAGGCGGGGAGUCGCGUGAUCAACCCGUCGUGA